UUUGUUUUGGUUUUUUUUUUGUGGGGAUUGAAGGGAAAAGGGAGGUGGUACCAGUGUAAAUCCUGCAGUGGAGUUGCACUGUCCUCUCCAGCGUUCGGGGCAGCAGCACACACCGACCCCGGCAGCGGGCGCCGGGUGGGUGACGGAGCAGAAAACUUCUCCUUGUCCGAAAUAACCCUGCAUCCAGGACAGGGAUUAAAAUAUUCCCAAACUAUCUCCCGCAGCCAGCGUAAGAUAAAAUGCUGGUCCCUUCUGAGUCAUGAGAAUCCCUGUGCUGAUUUGAUGAGAGGGGGCAGCGGGGAGGGGAGAUGCCCCGGCUCGGUCCUCGCCGAGGCUCGCCUCUGACAUCAGCACGAAACCGGCCAUAAAAGCAGCGAGCGGAGGGGACUCCGGCUCAGACAGCCGCCACCUGGCUCAGCAGGACGGCAGCCGGGCACCUCUGCUCGCCUCGCCUCGCCACAUCGGAGUCUGCAGCGGGGCUCAGGGGACUUCAGAGCGGCCAGAAAGUGCUGGGGAUGAAGCUAGGGGUCACCUGCCUCCUGUGGCUGCUGCUCGUCUGCCUGACCCUGCCUGCCACCCACGGCCGGAUUCUUGAGCGCUCCAUGGAAAUCAGGAACCCGGACAUCGACCCCUCGUGGUACACGGGCCGCGGGAUCCGGCCGGUGGGGCGCUUUGGGAGGCGACAAGCCCUGGCCAGGGGCACCCACCCCGGCGGGGCCGGGCAGCAGCGAGGCUGCGCAGCCCCCCACCCGCACCCCCACCCGCCCCGGCAGGAGCUGAGCCCCUGA